AUAAUGCCUCCUCUCCAGCUGGGUGGGAGAGAAGGGGAAGCCAGGGAGCGCUUGUUGACCGGCAGUCCAGAUGGGGGGCAAGAGAGUUUGCAUCGUGGGCUCCGGCAACUGGGGUUCGGCUAUUGCCAAGAUUGUGGGUAGCAAUGCUGCCAAACUGGACAAGUUUGACACCACAGUGAACAUGUGGGUGUUUGAGGAAGAGAUUGGUGGUAAGAAACUCACUGAGAUCAUCAACACACAGCAUGAGAAUGUCAAGUAUUUGCCAGGCCACAAGCUUCCACCCAACGUGGUGGCAGUGCCAGAUGUGGUGAUGGCUUCAGCUGAUGCGGACAUCCUCAUCUUCGUAGUGCCACAUCAAUUCAUUAGGAAACUUUGUGACCAAUUGAAAGGCCAUAUCAAGAAGGAAGCAAGAGGAGUCUCGCUCAUCAAGGGUGUGGAUGAAGGACCUGAUGGGCUGAAGCUGAUAUCAGACGUCAUCUGUGAGCAGCUUGGCAUCGAAAUGAGUGUGCUUAUGGGGGCCAACAUUGCCAACGAGGUGGCAGAUGAGAAGUUUUGUGAGACUACCAUUGGCUGCAAGAACCUAGAGCAUGGACAGAUCCUGAAAGAACUGAUGCAGACACCCAAUUUCCGAGUCACUGUGGUGCAAGAAGUAGACACAGUAGAGAUCUGUGGUGCUCUCAAGAAUGUGGUGGCUGUUGGGGCUGGUUUCUGUGAUGGGCUGGGCUUUGGAGACAACACCAAGGCAGCUGUAAUCCGUCUAGGUCUGAUGGAGAUGAUUGCCUUUGCCAAACUCUUCUGCAAGGGCUCUGUCACUUCUGUCACCUUCCUGGAGAGCUGCGGGAUUGCUGACCUAAUCACUACCUGCUAUGGAGGCCGUAACCGCAAAGUGGCUGAAGCUUUUGCCAAGACCAGCAAGUCUAUUGAACAACUGGAGAAGGAGAUGCUCAAUGGGCAGAAGCUGCAAGGCCCUCAGACAUCGGCAGAACUGAACCACAUCCUCAAGAACAAGAAUCUGGUUGACAAAUUUCCACUCUUCACUGCUGUCUACGAGAUCUGCUACAAAGGCAAACCUGUGUCUGACUUUAUUAAAUGCCUGCAAAACCAUCCUGAGCAUUUGUAAUUGGCUUCUAAUCACCCCAUGACGUAAGGGUUAGGAGGAUUGCCUGCUUCACCACUGUCAUCCCAACACAAGAAGAGGGAACUGACGCAGAGCAGGGGCAACCAAAGGAUGCUACACUUAGGACUCACUAUGAUCACUAACCAUGGAAUUACUGGAUCAACUAUUUUACCAGGGAGCCCCUGCCGUCUAUCAAUCCUCCUGUAUAUGACCAUGAAGUUGCCUGGAUUGAUUGAGUCUCUGGUUCUUGCUAGAUUCUAAGUAUCCUGCUUCUUGAUAUCCACAGCAGGCAAAGCUUUGGCUUUUAUCUUCUCUCAAGAGCAGAGAGAGAGAGAGAAUGUCCUUGCCCAUCUCUGUUCCAUUUCUCUGCCUUGAUUUUGACUUCUCUGGGUGAGAACCCUCCUAGCUGUGUCUGCCUUAAAGUCUUGUUUAAAGUCAAAAUCGGAGGGUGGUGGAGUUGGCAGGUACAAAAAAAAAUCUGAUUUAUAUUUUUUACUCCAUGCCUGGAGUGUAAGAAGCACCAGUCAUGAUUAAAGGUAGCAGCUAGUGUUGGGUUCUCUCUCUGAACAAAGGCUUGACCUCAGCGUCCCUGGUAUCCAUGGGAAUGGGAACUGUAGCCCUGAAUGUGAAUAUUUUGGAACAAUAAACAUUAAAGUGAGAAAGUAAAAAUAAUACAAA